AUGGUCAACAACUGUUGCUGCUGCAUACCCCUCCGGAUGGCUGUUCUUCUCAUUGCUAUUUUGUCUGCUCUUUGCAGUGCGGCAGUACUUUCAUACCUCGUUGCAGAUCGAAACAAUCUUUUACUAUAUGAUGACUCCUCGCAAGUGAAUCUCGGAGCUGCAUUGUAUACAGGCGUCGGCAUUGCAGCCUUGAAUAUUUGUGCAUCGAUUUUUGGUAUUGUUGGCGCUAUCAUGAAAAAACGGAACUUGAUCCGGAUCUUCAAAUAUGUGUACUGGGUGAUGGCAAUUCUGAUAGUGGCAGUCUCAGUGGCCACAUGGAUCUUUGUAUUAGUCAAGCGAAAUGAGCUUCAAGAUAGCUGCAUGUUUUAUUAUGAAAGCGAUCAUGCCGAGACGAUGGUGGAUGAGAGCAUUUUAUCCGAAGAAGCUGAAGAUGUAUGCAGCAAAAUGUUGCUUGGCAUCUUGGUAGGUGGUGGGAUUGCCGUUGUUGUUGCAAAUGCCAUAUCGGUCUAUUUCGCCUGCAUCAUCAACGCUUACACAAUGAGGCUCAAGCGUAGUCGCUUGCACCGCCCACUGCGUGAUCUAGAACAAGUCGCAGCCUACAAAACGGACAUCCCUUACUAG